AUGAGAGCUCGUCGUAAACUCAGUCGCGAGUCCGGGCAUCGCAUGGCGAUGUUGCGGAACAUGGUCAGCUCCUUGAUCAAGUACGACAGGAUCAAGACCACUUUACCCAAAGCGAGAGAAGCGAGGAAACUAGCGGACAAGGAACAUCAUCUCACAGUUCCAAAACUCUUUGGAGAAAUGGCAGAACGUUAUCGCGAUCGUGAGGGAGGUUACACGCGUAUCCACAAAUUAGGUAGUCGGGCAUGGGACAAUGCCCCAAUGGCAAUCUUGGAAUACGUCGAUGCCCCGGGCGAUCUAAAAUAUGACAUGCUGAUCAAGAAACUUGCACAAAUUGAGCUCGACCCGUCUCUCAGGGUUCCAACCACGUUUGUGAAACAGGGACAAACGCCGCUAAGAUUUAAACGUGAAUUCAAACUCUGGUUGAAAAGGCUAAACGGUCAGAGAAAAUUCGAGAAGGCCGUGGAAAAAAUGAUGAAAGCAAAACAGAUGACACCACGUGACUUGGACAGCGCCAUUUUGAGAGAAAUCAAGAAUUUGAGAUUUAUGGAACUAGAGAAGCAGCAAUCUUACUCCAGAUACAAGGAACUAGAAACGUCGAUUAUUCUUUUGGCGACGACUUCAAAACUGGCAAGGGAGUACGGCUUUACCAUAAAGCAAGAAACAAGCUCUAACAAGAAUGUGUACGUAUAUUGUUCACGAGAGGGUGUAUCGGAGUCCGUAAAGGUCGGAAGGGAGGCGAAAAGAAAGAGAGUGUCCCUUAGAUGCGAUUGCAAGUGGCGGGUGGUGUUGUUCAAAAAUGAACAAGAAGGUGACCAAUGGGAAUUUCGAAAAUCGGUAAAUCCGCAGCAUUCGGAGCACAAUCAUGACCUCCUAUCUCCCGAAUAUUUACCUACACCUUGGCCUCCCAACGUCCUACAAAGGAUUGCCGACCAUGCCAAGUCCGAGCUGUCGACCGGCGACAUAAGGAACGCAAUACAACAAGAAUUCCCUGACCUGUCGUGGGACGAGAGGAGAUUUUACAAUCGUUUGGCCGAGGAAAGAGACACCGAACAACGCGUUGCCAACACAAUUGUCCUGGCCGCUCGUCUUGCCUCAUUGGCGUGUUCGAACCAGGAGUACACCGAUAAAGUUUAUGACAUCCUUAAUAAUGCCUUUGAGGAUAUCUGCAGAAGUGCCAAGAUUGAUCCCUCGUCCGUAUACAAGGAAAAUUCAUCCACACAAGGAGACAUGACCGUAAUAUCAACCUCGACGGUAUCCAACUCCGACAUCAUAUGCAACUACCCCGCGGGCACGAUAACCGUCAAAAACAUUCCCGGACAAAAAGGCAGACCAUCCAAGAAGAAUAUCCAGUCAACCCCCUCUCCUGUGCAGUCAUAUUACCAAAGAGAGACCUCCGCUACUUCUUUGACAUCCGACUCGUCGACACGAUCACCACUCCCGCGCGUACAGCAAACAGAACAGACAUCACAUCCGGACAAACCUCCGCAAAUGCUGUUACACGAAUCGAUUCGCCCUCAUGUGCAACCUCAACGGGAGAUGGAACCUUCGUCGUUAAAUUUCCAAGAUGAUCUGACGGGUGUUCUGUUACCAGCACAAUCGCAGCUACCAGCCAUGGUGUCAUCACAUCUACAUUUUCCUUCGAAAUUGCAGGAAUGUGUGCGCCAAGAAGAAACUCAACCUUCUCCUCACUCACCAACAGGAUCGCUUUCCUCCUCUCAACUACAACUUCAAUUUACCUCGCAACCAAUCUCUUUACCAUAUUCACGAACAGAUUCACUCGAGGAAACGAAUUUCGAAGGUCACCCACAACAUUUGAAUCAAUUGGGCACGCAAAUGCUACCUGUGCAGGUGCAGUCUCAACAAUUCCUAUCUCAACUGCGACAAAAGGUCCCAGCUCAUCCGACCACCAUUCAAUUUUCGAACGGAUGCGUUCAAUUUCAAAGUCAACUGUCAUCGGUUAGAAAGGAGCCAUAUAUGAAGGUGGAGAGUGCGAGCACGGAAUCAACCGCAGCAUUGGAGCAGGCCAAGGAAACUGAUAAAACGAUAGCGAUGGAACAUUUUGUGAGACUGCGCGUCCCUAGGGUGGAACAUACAAUGAUAGGUAAGGUAGAGCGAGGCGAAAAUCUUACGACAAAGAUAGAGCAGAGGUAUCAACAGCGAGUUACACACGCGGAACCCACAGAAUCCCACAAUGAGGUUAAACCGGGGGCGAACAUAUUCUUAGAGUCGGUGACAAAAAUUCCGGAUUUUGCAGGGGUUGAGAGUGUUCCAAAAAUUGUGGGCAACCCUGGUCUUGAUAACGAAGUUACGAUUGUCGGGAUGAAUGAUGGAUUGGACACCGCGUCCGCGGCCACAUAUGAUCCCUCACCAACAACAAUCAACCUUGGUAACGGCGACGACAGCAAUUUUAGCAAUCACAAUGUUUAUCACUCCGCCUCCCAAAGAAUAUUCACUCAACCGCUUGUGCCGGUGACCUGGAUGCAAAAUUAUCACCCGAGUAAUAUGACUUGGUAUGCUGAUCACACCGGAAAUUGA